AUGCAAGCCGAGCGCGAGAACGACAACCCGACAGUCGAAGACGAGGUGAUCCAGGACGAGGAGAUUGCCGAAAUCGUCGACGAUGACGGUAUGGGCGAGCCGAUGGACGACGACGACAUGGAUGAGGACGAGACGAUGGAGCUUGGCGAGGAGGAGUUGGGGGACAACUCGAUCGGUUCUAGCUCCGUUCACGAGGCGCAAAAGUCGGUCUUUGCGCUGCACGCGCACCCGGCGUUCCCGAACCCUCCUCUCGCCGUGAGUGGUGGAGAGGACGACUUGGCGUACAUCUUCGCCCCGCUGCCUGAGGAGAGCGGGGCAGCGAUCAACGGCGACAACUGGGCCCCGAUCAAGCUGGACGGGCACUCUGACUCGGUAGUGGCCGUUGAGUUUAGCCACGAUGGCGAGAUGGUCGCCACGGCAGGCAUGGACGGCAAGGUCCGCGUGUGGAAGCGCACCUCGUCGGGAGAGGACUUCACGGGCUGGGCGCCUCUUGCUGAGCUCGACGCCGGCAGCGAGGUUCAGUGGCUCCACUGGCACCCGAGGGGACCUGUUGUCGCGGCCGGAUGCGAGGACAGCAACGUGUGGUUGUGGCAGCUUCCUUCGGGAGACGUCAUGACCGUUCUGACGGGCCACACUAUGCCUGUGACGGCGGGCGUGUUCCCACCCCCUCUGGGCCGACAGCUACUCACCACGUCUCUCGACAGCACGCUUAUUCUGUGGAACCCCUCGGCUUCCGCGCCCAUGUUCAAGCUCGGCGUGUUCCACUCCUCCACUGAGAUGGCCGACCCUGCCGAGCACGGUAUCACUGCCCUCGCUGUGUCUCCUAACGGCUCGUUGGCGGCUGUGGGGAGCGCGAGCGGUAAGGUCAAGCUCGUUAGCCUGCCCAAGGGCGAGAUUGUCGGUUCGCUCGAGGGACACACGGAGGGCGAGAGUAUCGAAGCCCUUGCGUUCGUGGACGUGCUGGGUGGUGCGGGCGGUGGUAAGGGCGUGGUCCUUGUCUCGGGGGGGACGGACGGCAAGGGCUUCGUGUGGGACUGCGCAACUGGGCGUGUGCGUGCCGAGCUGCAGCACGACGAACCCAUCACGUCGCUCGCAGUACACCCCGCGCCCAACGUGCACCUUGUGACAUCAGGUUCAGCCGACCGGACGCUCAAGACGUGGGACGUGCGCAACGGCUCCCUCAUCGGGCACCACAAGGGGCACGCGGGUGUGAUCAACGGCGUGGUGGUCACCCCGGCACUGGCAGGCGAGCCUUCGCCCGCCGGUUUGCCCGCAUCGCAGCUCAUUAUGAGCGCUGGCGACGAGGGAGUGAGUCUCAUGUGGCGCGUGUAG